AUGUAUAACUUUAACAAAAUAUUAUAUGUUGCCUUGGCUUGUGUAGCCUUGGUGGCAGUUGGAACAUCAGCCUCAAACUAUGUGUUGUUCCAACAAUAUAGUGACCAUCAGUGUGCUUCUGGAAAUGUGAUCUAUGGUGCGUAUACUCGCGUUGGCUUGUGUGACAGCAAGGCCAUACUCUCGUGCAAUGGCACAAAGGUCGUCCUGGCCGACUACGAAGCCGCCGACUGCAGUGGCACGCCCAUCAACACCAGCACAUUCAACCAGAACGAGUGCCAGACCGGAGUGACCUUCCAGUGUGUCGACAACGUCGCCGUGCCAGCGGGCAACCUCGCCACAUCCACAUUCACCGAGGCUGCCUGUGGAGGCAGUGCCGCCACCACCAAGUACUUCAAGAGCAACUGGUGUUUCGGAGGCUCCCUCAUUAGCUGUAACGCCACCGCUGAGACCGUCCAAUACUUUAACAACACAGAUUGCUCUGGUUUGGCCGAAGACCCAAUACUCUUUUGA